UUUAAUGAAAAACAGUACAAGCCACUAAAGAGAAAAAUGACACAUGAAGCUCAUGAACAACCUGAGCUCCAGACCAAAAAGAAGCUGAGGAGACCAGAAACAGAGGAGAAGGUGGUGAAGACUGCAAAGAGAGAGCAGGUAGAUGGUCCUCUUGAAGUGACCGCGCUCCAGCCCGAGGAGACAGCCGAAAAAGGAGGAUCAGAGAACAACAAGACAGAAAAGAGAGACAUUAAUGAUCACUACAUCCUGGGAGAGCUGCUUGGGUAUGGAAGCUUUGGUUCUAAUAUCAGAUGGUAAAAAGGUGGCCCUGAAAAUCAUGCACAAAAUAAAUAAUCAUCAAAACAUCACCAUUGCCGGUGACGCACGCAGCCUGCCUGUUGAGGUGGCAUUAUUAGAACUCGUGUGCAAGCCGCCUCAUUGUCCAUUCGUAAUACAGCUGCUAGAAUGGUUUGAGACACCUGAUGCCAUCAUCUUGGUCCUGGAGCGGCCCGACCCCUGUGUUGACCUUUUCGACUUUUUGACGAAUAACAUAAUGACUGAAACUGAAAUUAUAUUUAUCGUGCAGCAAAUUGUUCUUGCUGCAUGUCACUGCCGUAAUCGAGGUGUGUUUCAUCAAGACAUCAAAGCUGAAAAUGUUCUCUUGAACCCUCUGACUCUUCAAGUCAAGCUGAUUGAUUUCGGCUUAGGCGUCCUACAUAAGGACACCACAUACACUGAACAUGCUGGCACUGACAUUUACAUCCCACCUGAAUGUUAUGUUGAUAAAGAAUACGAGGCGGAACCUUUCACCGUCUGGGGUCUGGGCGUGCUCUCAUACAUAUUAUUGUGUAGAAUGCAGCCCUUUGAUGGAGAAAAAGAAAUUGUUGAAGGCCACCUGUUCAUCCCUGAUGAGUUGUCCAAAGCUUCCCAAGAUUUCAUUGGGUGGUGCCUGCAAAGAGACCCUAAUAGCCGACCAACCCUCAAUCAGAUCCUCGGACCUCACUGGUUCAGGAGGCAAGGAAAGGUCCAAUGGGCUCUCUUUGGGCAGAACGAAUCUUCUCAACAUCUCCUCAGUACCACCUGUGUGUAA